CCAGGAUCGUCUUUCUCCUCUCUCUCCUCUCGAUAGACUACUCUUUUCCUCCUCUUCCAUAUCGUCACCUAUUGUUAGCACUAAAUCUUCUAGCAGUCAAUUCCUCCCUUCAUUACGCUUUUCUGUAACCAUAGAUUGAACCCUCAAUCUCUCAGACACACCCAAUCCCCUACAGCAAUGACCACCACCACCCCCCAACAACCCCUCGAAACCCGCGCCUCCGUCCUCCACGGCGCAAAAGACCUCCGCAUCUCAACCCGUCUCCUCCCCCCACCCUCCCCAACGGAACUCCAAAUCGCAAUCCACACGACGGGCCUCUGCGGCUCCGACCUACACUACUACCGGCACUUCCGCAACGGCGACAUCCUCGUCCGCGAGCCUCUAACACUGGGCCACGAAUCCGCCGGCAUCGUCGUCGGGAUCGGAUCCUCCGUCUCCAAUGAUGGUUGGAAGAUAGGAGACAAGGUCGCGCUCGAAGUGGGCCAACCGUGCGAAACAUGCGACCGCUGCAGAGAGGGGAGGUACAACAUCUGCCCGCAAAUGCGCUUCCGGAGCUCCGCGAAGGCGUGGCCGCAUGCGCAGGGCACGUUGCAGGAGGUGGUGAAUCAUCCCGCGAGGUGGUGUCAUAAACUCCCCCCAACCCUCACGCCCACCCACGGCGCCCUCCUCGAACCCCUCAGCGUCGCCAUCCACGCCUGCCGCCGGGCGUCACUCGCCCCAGGCUCCGCCAUCCUCGUCUUCGGCGCGGGAACAGUGGGACUUCUCGUCGCUGCCAUGGCCAAGAUGCUUUCGAAGGCAAGUACCGUCGUCAUCGCCGACAUCGAUGCCGGACGCGUCGAUUUCGCUCUACGGAACCGGUUCGCCGAUAGGGGAUUCACGGUUCCCCCGAGGAGGAGAACAGGAGAGAAGGGUGAGGAUAUAGACGACCACCUCGCCGCUGCAAAGGAAUUGGCCGCAAAGAUGGGAAGCGAAAUCCAACGGACGGACGGAACCGCCCUGGGCGAAGUCGACGCCGUCUUCGAAUGCACGGGCGUGCCCUCGUGCCUCCAGACGGCCAUUUACGCUACCCGGCCCGGAGGCAGAGUCAUGCUCAUCGGCAUGGGGACCCCGGUGCAAACACUGCCCAUCAGUGCCGCGGCCCUGCGCGAGGUCGAUCUCGUCGGCGUGUUUCGUUAUGCGGAUACCUAUCCCGAGGGUAUCGAGGUCAUGUCGCGGAGAGCAGAGGGGGAUCCCGAUUUCGACUCGUUGAUAACGCAUAGGUUCAAGGGGUUGGAUGCCGUCGAGCAGGCGUUUGAGAUGGCGGCGAGGACUGUGGAUGACAAUGGCAAUCUGGUCAUAAAGGUGGUUGUGGAAACUAGUAGUUAGAUAUCCGCAGGAAGGCAAAUGCUGAGCGUCUUGCGCCCAAUCUUGAUGAGAAACACGCAAUGGCACUGAAACAGCUAUUCAGUGCCGCCGAAAUGUGAAGUACG